AACCUCUCUCACAAUUGCUUGUCUAUAUAGAAGUGAUUAGUAUUUCCCCUUCGAUAAUUUCCUUCAACUGUUUCCUGCAAGACACCCGACCUCUCUAGAUAUGUGCUUGUACAGUACAUGAAUCGCCAAGUUCUGAGCUUAGCUAUUCUUGCAUCUCUCCACCAUCCCCGCUCCUCCCCGACCACUCACACAGGACACCAUAUAUACAUACACUGCAAAUACUUAGACAAGAAGCAAAGAACAGUUGGAAGGGUAAAAAACUGCGUCCCAUUACACCUACUAUGUCUGAUGACGAGGAGUACUACGAUGAUGACUUCGAUGCUGAAUGGUUCUGGUUCGAUGAAGGGGAGAGAGAGCUUGCGGACGACCUAGCAGCAGGCACAAUCCAUUCGCCUGUUUACAUGGACCAGGGAGCUUAUGAUGCACUUGACAGCGCAUCCGACUGGGACUAUUGCACGGACGAGUACUUCGAUGAUGACCUGUCCAUUCUGCACAAGCAUGACAUUAAGCCACAGACACCCUCCAAAGGCCCAUCGGUGAGAAAGAAAAAUGUGAUGAGGAAGGGGAAUACAAUGAAGCAAGGCGAACAAGAGCGCGACGACAGUGAUAACAAGAAAGAUACCAAUACCAAUUCCUUCUGCCGCAUACUUUGGCGGCCCUCAAGCUUCCUGGAUGAUCAGGGUGAGCUAUAUGAGCCGGGCAAUGGGGAGAAAGUAGCGUUGCUGAAGAAUUGGCGGGAGAUAUUCAAGGAUUCACAACCGAAAAGGGACCAUAAGCUUCAGAAAUAUUCUUCUCCUUCUCCUUCUCCUUCAUCUGCUUCCCCUUCGCAUCUCCCACCACCGUCGUCGUUCUUGAAGUCCGUGACUGGCCGGAAACAGCCAGGACGCCCAAGGAAGACAGGAAAGCGGAACGUGGUUGUCGAAAGUGUUGAUACGCCCGUAUUUGAUAAUGAGGGGUUUAGUGAGGAAGGAAGAGAGGGAGGUAUAGCUGAUGGUGAUGAUGAUGGCGAAGACGAUGGAGGAUAUCGUACCCCACCUCCAACCUUUCUAUCCGCAUCCCAGCAAGGCAUUUAUGGAAAAUCGCAGAAGACAACCACUGGACCAUCUCACAGACCAAAGAACAAUGGCAAGGAUCACAAUAAGCGCGAUGGAUCACAUCUCAAAUCCGUCAUCUCAGCCUCAGCACAGGAGGAGGACUUAGAAUCCAUCCCAAUCAUGGCAUCCUCGCCGUCAUCGUCAACGGAAAACUCCAAGCAACGCUCUGGUCGUCUUUCCACUUCUUCCACAGCAGCAACGUCAAUGUCAACGCAAUCCGCAACCUCGACCUCGCAAAAUGGGAAGGGUUCGGGGGAACCCGGUACUCUGUUCCAAGAUGGCUAUGGCAAAGCUAGCGGUUCCCAUAUUAUACCCCCAACCGGAACGGGCAGCUCACCCCCGACUCAGCGUCGUCAAGGUUUGAAACGAAAAGCGUCUAGCCCCCCAGAGAGCACCGAUGGAGAUUACUGUGGGAAGACGAGAUCGAAACGAGCCACGAGACAGAAGCUGGACAGUGACGCUGGCGAUGAUAACAUUGACGCUCGCGGCAAGAGAAAGACAAUGAAUAACCGGGAACCACCUCCUAGCAAGUCCAGGUCUUUGCGGCAGAGGAAGAAGUACUUUUUUCCAUCGAGGGUAACCAGAGCAGACAUUGUAUCAGCCCAAUCAAACAAGGAUGACUUGGCCCGGCUUCCAACGCGCCGGGAUCGCCAUUUGCCGAAGUCACGGGGCUUAGCGCUCUCAGGCUCGGCUAUCCUUCCGCACGCCAUUCCCCGCCAUUCUGCGCUUUCCAUCGGCAAAAGCUACUGGCCUAGGACCUUUUUGCUAGCCUUCCUUGUCUGCGAUGCCGCUGCCCAGCUACCUGUCUUUCAGCAUUCAUUGACAGAACUCUUACGUGUUUGCACGUUGAGGACAUCAACCCGAAUGUCUUUCAUCUCUCGACUGCCCUCCACCACCUCCCGCCUCGGGGCAAGGGCAGUUAUUCUCAAGCCAACAACAGCGGCGGCAGUUCGUGCCAAUUCCUCUCUCACAGGCGGUCCCGAAAACAAACCGCUCAACUCCAUCCUCAUCGCCAAUCGCGGCGAGAUCGCACUACGAGUAGGACGAACAGCUUCACAGCAUGGCAUUCGAGUAACGACCCUCUAUACCGACCCCGACGCACGGGCUCAACACGCGCUAAGUUCCCCGUUCGCGUUCAAUCUGGGCGAAACAUCCGCGUAUCUGGAUGGAGAUCGGAUCAUUGAGAUCGCGCAGAAGGAGGGUUGCCAGGGCAUACAUCCCGGUUACGGUUUUUUGAGUGAGAACUCUGCAUUUGCGCAGAAAUGCACGCAGGCAGGCUUGGUUUUUAUUGGCCCUCCGCCUAAGGCUAUCGAGGCUAUGGGUGAUAAGAGCCGAUCAAAGGAAAUUAUGACGGCAGCAGGCGUCCCCUGUGUGCCUGGCUACCAUGGAGAUAACCAAAGCAUGGAGUUCCUUGAAGCAGAGGCAGAGAAGAUCAAGUUCCCAGUCCUCAUCAAAGCUGUGAAGGGUGGCGGUGGUAAGGGAAUGCGAAUCGCCAGCUCCAAAGAGACCUUCCGGGAUCAGCUUAUUUCUGCAAAAUCGGAGGCGAUGAACUCCUUCGGCGAUGACACGAUGCUGGUUGAGAAAUAUAUCACGACUCCACGACAUAUCGAAGUACAGGUGUUUGCGGAUAAGCAUGGGAACUGUGUUGCGCUGGGUGAGAGAGAUUGUAGUAUCCAGAGACGUCAUCAGAAGAUCCUUGAGGAAUCCCCCGCCCCACAUUUGCCUGAGGCAACACGGAAGGAUAUUUGGGAUAAAGCACGGGCGGCGGCGUUAGCUGUAGGCUACGAGGGAGCGGGAACGGUGGAAUUCAUCUUUGAUAAUGACACGGGGGAAUUCUUUUUCAUGGAGAUGAAUACCCGGUUACAGGUCGAGCAUCCGGUUACGGAGAUGGUUACGGGACAAGAUCUGGUCCAUUGGCAGAUUCUGGUUGCUGAGGGAGCCCCGCUGCCCCUGACGCAGGAUGAAAUCGAGUCUAUUAUGGCGACCAAGGGUCACGCUAUCGAGGCGCGUAUAUAUGCCGAAAACCCUGAUCAAGGAUUCAUCCCAGACUCUGGCCGCCUCCUGCACGUUCGCACUCCUGCAGCGACAGAAGACGUGCGGAUUGACGCUGGUUUUGUUGCCGGCGAUGAAGUAUCUUCGCAUUACGAUCCUAUGAUCUCGAAGCUGAUUGUCAGGGGAUCUGAUCGGACGGAAGCUCUACGGAAUCUCUCCAUGGCGCUGGAACAGUAUGAAGUGGCGGGACCAAUCACCAAUAUCGAAUUCCUGAAACGGGUGUGCAAGAGCCCAGACUUCGUCUCUGGGGAUGUUGAGACGGGCUACAUCGAUAAACACAGGGCUGAACUAUUUGCAAAACAGCCUGUAGAGGAUGAAGUUCUGGCUCAGGUUGCACUAUACUGCCUACUCAGUUCCUCCAAAGCGGGCGGCCCAGCAGGCGCAGUGGUUGGAUUCAGCCCGGCAUAUCAAGAGCGACAAUUUACGUUUGUAGAAGCUACUGCGCAAGCCUCAUCAGAAUUAUCUGGCAAUGCAGCAUCCUUCAACGUCCAAGUGCAACAAACCGGCGAAGCAACAUUCAACAUCGUCGUGAACGGCACUAGUUUCGAGAACGUCAAGGUCCAACAGCAACCGCAUGAGUCCAACGUCGUCACUUCGUUUUUCCCACACACGAGACUUGACACGACAGUGAUUCGCGACGAGGAUGCCAUCACAGCGUUCCAGCGUGGGAGACAGUAUCGGUUGAAGAUCCCGCGGGCUAGAUGGAUGGAGAAGGCGCUGGGGAUUAAAGAUACCGCAAACAGCGUGCUCGCGCCGAUGCCAUGUAAGAUCUUGAGAGUCGAGGUUGUGGAGGGGGCGACUGUGGUGAAGGACCAACCACUCGUGGUUAUUGAGAGUAUGAAGAUGGAAACUGUGAUUCGGAGUCCACAGGAUGGGAAAAUUGAGAAGGUGGUGCAUAAGGCCGGGGAUAUAUGCAAAGCCGGAACCGCACUCGUUGAGUUUGCAGAGGCUUCUGACGCAGAGGCGAAGACUUCAUAACUUAACUACCUAUUCGACAUACGGUGACUCGGUGAUCCAUCUUCGUGCCGUGCUUUCUGUAUGGGCCAAGCUCUUUAUUCACCGGCCGUCAUCUUUUUAAAUUGCAAGUAGAAGGAAAUUGAGAUUCUACCAUCUUGCCAUUCCACCCUUCCUGCGCCCCUAAGACUCCUUUGUUUGCGUAUAAUAUACGAACAUGUCCUGUUGUUUUCGUUUAUUUAUUUAUUCUUUUCAUGUGAAUGUAUACUACAUAUAGAGAAGAGAAAGAGAAAGAUUUUUAUACGACCCCGAUAGAUUUAACUUGACGACACGGUCGUGACUUGCUUG